AUGUCCUCGCGGGGCCGCAGGGGCCGUGGAAGGCCUCCCAAGUCGGCGGUGCUGUCGCAUAGGCCUAGCCUGCUCAAGAAGCCUCGCUACCUGUACGCUGGCUCAAGCGGCCAGAGCUCGCGCCUGGGACUUCACUUUCGCCAGUAUGAGAACAGCACGCCGCAGCUCAAGCAAAGGCUCCGCGAGAAGUCGCAGAAGGUGCGUUCCUUCAUUCAGAACGUGCUCGGAGCAGGAGGGGACGACGAAGACAAUGACUUCGAGCCUCCUCCGUCGAGCGGGGACGAGAGCGACUACCAGCGCGCCGAGGACGAAGAAGACGACGACGACGGCUCGGUGGCGAGCUACGAGUCGGACGACGUGAGCGUGUACUCGCAGAGCAGUUACAGCACCAUCUCCAGUUCGACUCCCGCCAAGCGCAAAUGGACUUCGCGUCGGGCGCACAGCCCGGUCUUCCUUCAGGAGCGCGAGCUGCCCGCGCUGACGCUUCCCAAGAGCUCCGAGGAUCUGAUCCUGCCCACGUGCCACAUCAUGCGCGCCCUGAGCAUAUACGAGACGCUGCGGCACUUCAGGAACAUCCUGAGGCUCACGCCGUUCCGUUUCGAGGACUUCUGCGUCGCCCUGAUGUCGGACGAGCAGUCGGCGCUGCUCUCGGAGGCGCACAUCGCUCUGCUGCGCGCCAUCCUGCGCGAGGAAGAGGCUGCGGGUACACAGUUCGGUCCUCAGGACCUCAAGGACAGCAUCAACGUGCACCUGUACAUGGUGGACGCCGUGACGUGGCCCGCGGUGCUCCGCAUGUACUUGACCAGCGACCCGGAGUACCGUCCCAUGCUUGCCGCGCUGGAACGGUGCGAGUACCCGUUCACGGCUGUGGCCAGCAAGCUGAACGUGCUGGAGUUUCUGUGCGAUCAGUUCCUGACGACGGCGCAGGCGCGAGAGGACAUUACGAGCGAAGGCGUGGCCAAACACGACGACCACUGCCGAGUUUGUCACAAGCUCGGGGACCUCCUGUGCUGCGAAACCUGCCCGGCAGUCUACCACCUGGCGUGCCUCGACCCGCCGCUGGAAGAUGUGCCCACCGAGGAUUGGAUCUGCACCGUCUGUCAGGCAAACCAGGUAUCCGGUGUCACAGACUGCAUAUCGGACAUCGAGAAAGGAGGCCUUCUCAGCCGACAAGAAUGCUUGGGUCUCGAUCGGCACGGCAGGAAGUACUGGUUCCUCUGUCGAAGGAUCUUCGUCGAAGGGGAGAACAACGAGGCGUUCUACUACUCGACGCCAGCGCAGCUCGAGGAGCUGCUCGACGUGCUCGACGCGGAAGACUUGGAGCUGGACCUCUGCCGGACCAUCGCAGAGUUCCGUGAGGAGAUCGUCCGGCACAUGGAGCUCACCGAGAAGCUCACAAACUCGUCCAAGGGAAACCGGAAGACAUACCUGGACUCUGAAAACGCUGCCCUGGCCAAGGUUCAGGCAGAACGGGCGGUGAGAAGAGCCAAGGAGGAAGAAGAGAGGAAACUGCGGGAGGCCCAGGAGGCUGAGGAGCGGCGGCGGAUAGAAGAAGAGAAUGCAGCACUCGCAGCAGCCAGCCUUGAAAGCGCGGCGCACCGCUUCCUCCACUCGGAAGACGACGGCCUCCUCAUGCCGUGCCCCAUCAAACCCGAGGACGGCCUGUCGCACUUGGCGGAGGUGCCACAGAUGGUCGAGGAAGAGAUGAACGUCGUGUCGCACACCAACAUCCUCGACAUGGGCAUCGACGAGCCCAAGAUGGAGUGCGGAGGCGGGGUAGAGGUGACGUCGUCGGAUAUGCCGGCCCCUCCGGAAGAACAGAUGGAGGUGGACGCGAAGCCCGUCGUCGCGGAGACAGAAGAAGAGGUGACGACCACGACCAUGGUGACCACAGUGGUGACGACGACGACGAGCACCAAAACCGUCACAGUGGUCAAAGUCAAGGAAGAAGAGCAGGAAGACAUGGCCAAAGCCGAAUCCAAAGCAGCGCCCGAAACCAAAGAGAGCGAGGAGAAAGAGAUGGAAACGGAGCAGUCUGGCGCGAAAGCCGACGACAGUUCUGCGUCGGCUGACGGCAAAAAACCCUCGGAGGAAGACAGCACGAAAAAGGCGGCCGCCAAAGGGACUGGGAAAGAGGAACCAGACACGGGCCCACGAUCCUCCAUCGUGACCCGAUCCAAGACCGGUUCGCUGGUUCCCCGGAGCUUCGCCUUUGACACCACGAGUCGGACCGCGGGCUCCGCCAAGAAGUCCGGCGGAGGGGCCGGUGGCGGCGGGUCGUCGGACGGCGACGGCGAGUCGGUGCUGGUGCUCACCAAGGACGGGGAGAUCUCGCGGGUGACGCGGGGCAAGGCGUCCGGCACGGUGGCCCUCAACUCGGGCUCGCUGCUCUUCAAGCUGGGCAUGGAGGGCAGCUACCGCAGCUUCACCAACCAGUACAACAGCAACACCCUGGCCCUGAACAAACACCAGCACGCCGAGGACAGGGACAAGCGGCGGCACCUGUCACACAAGUUCUCACUCACCGCGGCCUCUGAGUUCAAGUGGGGCGGUCCCGUGCACGGCAGCCGCGCUGCGCUGGUGGGCACCCUGCGGCAGACCCUGCUCCAGCUGGAGAGCAGCAUCCCGGCCGCACUGCUGCACCCCAACUGGGCCAUCCACCGGGGAAACUGGCUGCGCGCAGUCAACAUGUGCACCUCGCCCCGCGACUUCUCCCUCGCCCUGGCCAUCCUGGAGGCCUCCGUCAAGCCAGUGCUCUUCAACGCCGCCUGGAGUGACUCACUCGAUUCUAAGCAUGUCAGCGCUUCCGUGGCCUCGCGAUUUGCGCUUGGUCACACGCACCUGCGGCGGACGACGGUGGCCGAGCGGGAGGAGAAGAAGAAGUCAGAAAAGCGGGAACGGCGGGAGCUGAUGGAGGAGGAAGUGGACCGCAGCGUAUGGGUCAAGUACACGCUGGGACUCAAGCACCAGGUGUGGAAGCAGAAGGGUGAGGAGUACCGCAUCACGGGCCAGGGUGGCUGGCAGUGGCAGAGCUGCACGAGGGUGGUGCGGCACGUGCCGGCGCACACGGUGGGCCUGCGGGCGGGCCCCCACAAGGUGGUCAUCGCCCUGCAGCACGGACAGCAGCACCGAAACGCUGCCGACAACAAGGCCAAGUCCGAGGAGUCCGCCACGAAGGCUGUGAAGGAAGGAGCGGAAGGCGAGAGUAAAACAGAGGCGGGUGCAACCGGUGACAGUCCCGCACCCUCUGCGGCGGAGACGACGGCGACAAGGGAAGUGAAGAUCACCGGUGAGACCCUGCUCAAGGCGAUGCUGGCAUCCCGAGCCAUGGUCGUCGAGCUGGUCGAUGUUUCCGAGUCCCUGUCCUCACCCGUGCGCACUCUCUACCCCAAGGUGGCCAAACCAACCAAGAUCGAUGGCUUCCUGGAGCGGCGGAUGAAGCUGAAAGAGCUCGAGGACAAGAUGGCCGAGUCGACGAAGGCGGUCAAGGCCGAGCCUCACGUGGACGUUGAGACCGUUGAGUCACCAGUGAAAGUGGCCAAGCCGCUGGUGCUCAACGGAAUGGUCGCCACCACCGAGGAUUCGGGUCUGGACUUUGCGGAAAGGGCGAGGCGCUGCUACUCGCCGCUCUGCCGGCGUGGCACGGUGGCAUCUGCCACUGGCGGCAACUGCUAUUCGCCUGCCUGCCGUGCUUCCAAGCUGUUUGUCAAGGUAGCCACCAUCCACAGCAGCGUCAAGACUCCGCCGACUGUCGUGGCUGUUGACCGCGUGAUGGCCAACGGAGACACCAAGUUGGUCGUCAAGCAGGAAUCCAAGCCUCCUGUCGCAAUGCAAAGCCUCCUGAAGCCGGCCGAGCCGAGCAAUCCAGCAAGCGAGGUGAAGCAGACUGUUGUCGAGCAGACGACCACCACUACCACGACCACCGUGUCCCGGACCACCGUCACGACCACCAGCACGACCACCACUGUGGUGAAGCGCGAGCCCGAGGAAGUGGUGCCUGAUGUCCCAGAGCCGUGCAACGACGUCGAGAUGACCACAGUCGCGGCCGAGGAGGUGGUCGAAACGGAUGAGUCCGAGCUCCCAACUGCCGCGGAGGAGACUGUGCUCACUGAGCCCGCCGCGGCCGAGGAGGUCGUCUGCAGCGACGACGUGUCUGCUUCCGUUGAAGAGGAGGUGGCCACCUGCGGAGAAGCCGACCCGCCCGUUUCCAUGGAAGAGGAGGUGUCCGUUUGCGCGGAGGAAGAGGUGUCCAGUGUGGCAGAAGAGAAACCCGCCUCCGUUAAUGACAGCACGUCUGGCCCCACUGCAAACGAACUGCCCAUAUCCGUAAAGGAGGAGCCAUCAGCAACAGCCGCUCUCAAGGACACUCAAAUGUUGCCCGCUGUCAAGGAGAACGAAGUUGCGCAGCCCGCGGAUGUCAGCGAGAAGGCACUGGCUCCUGUAAGCAACAACAUCGACAAGAAGGUUUCGGCUCCUUCAUUGCCAUCCGCGGUUCCUUCCGAAAUGGUAGCUCCGGCGCCGUCGACACAGGUCAACCAACAGAGGCAUGUUGUCGUCCUUAAGAGUGAACCAAAGGAGCAAUGCCAGAAAACCGAGUCUUCUACCAUGACGACGACGACAGCCGCGACAGUCGCGAAGGCGAUGGUGUCUGCAACGAUCGUCGCGUCUUCCGCGGGCAGUUCGGCCGUGACGAAGGUGGCAGGCGCGGCUGUGGCGGCGGCGGCGACGACGUCCAAGAUGUCUACGACGACGGCCGUGGCCGAGGGCAAGUCGACGAGCACCACGGUGACGACGACGAGCAACAAGGUGUACCUGGGCAAGAUCACCAAGGUGACCAAGAAGGUGAAGAAGAACAAGGGCACGCUGCCGCCGUUCUGCCGCUUCCAGACCUUUGUCAGCAAGCAGCGCAGCAUCAUGGUUCUGCCCCAGCACGAGCUGCGCAAGAUGUCCCGCAGGGGCUCCCUUCGUGAAGCCACGGGAUUCAGCUACACAGCCAAGGUGAACCCACAAAGCUGGCCCUACGGUGUUAGCCCGAGGCCUUGCUUCAAGACUGCCUGGCGGUACCGGAAUCAGAUGCUCACCACCAUCCACCAGGUGGCACUGCAGUUGCGCGUGCUAUGGGCAAGCAUGCGCUGGGAUGACCUGCAGGCCAAGCCACCGCCGGGCGGCACCAACACGAUGACAACCGAGAGUGACGUGCAAACUACUGAGCUUCUCAAGCGCAAGGACGUGGGGCCCUUCGGCCUGCGCUCUGAGUACCUCGUUCGGCGCAUCACGGUGCCCAUUGACCUGCCAUCUAAACCGAGAGAGAAAGUGACGCCUCAGCGAACGGGACUACGGGAGCGGAGAAGACCAGAAUCUCCCCAACACAAGGGACCGACGGUGACUGAAGUGUGGGUGCCCGAGGAGGACCUUGAACUCUGGGAAAUCCGGCAGUUCGGAGAAAAGAUCGAGAAGCAGCAACUGGCGGUGCGCGAGAAGCUGGCCCAGGUGCACGCCCAGCAGAGCGCCGACAAGAUCCGAGCCCAGAUGGAGGCCCAGCUGAAGCAGCAGAGGCUGGCCAUGCAGCAGAAGCGGCUGCAGGAAGGCACGGCCGGGGGCACCACCAAGGUCAGCGUGCCUGGCACCAAGACCAUCACGGUGACCGUGUCCACCCCGCAGGCCGCCGCCAGCCAGGCACUCACCAAGGUGGCUUUGGUCUCUUCCGGAAGUCCGAUCAAGGGCACCACACUCACGAGUCUGGUGGCCACGCCGGGCAACCCCGGCACCGGCCGGGCGGUGCGGCGCAUCUUCACGACGCGACCCGUGGGCGCCACCAACAGUGCAGACGGCAUCACCAAGAUCCCCAUCAGCGCCGGCACGCCGACGCUGAUGCCCAAGGCGACGGUGGGUGGGCCGCAGCAGAUUGUCGUGCGGGCCCCCGUCGCGGGCCAGGCGCGGCCGGCCGUGAUUGCGGUGAGGGGAGUGGUGCCCGCGACUGCCGGUGGCACCAACGCGGUGAUCCGUCCCGCCGUGGGGAAUCCGACGGGCACGGCCGCCCCCGUCCGGGCCCAGAUUCAGAUCAUCCAGGGUCCCAACGGUCAGCUUCAAGUCCGGGGGCUCAUGCCUGGCCAACAACUCAUCCGUUUGCCCGACGGCCGUCUUCAGCUGCUCACUUUACCCGUGCAAGCAGCACCGGCGGUCGCCACGACUACGGCCGGCACAGCCAACACGUCCCAGCCGCAGACCAUCCAGAUCACCACACUUCGGCCAGCCGUCUCCAUCGCCCCAGCUACGGCGGCAGCUACGGCUACGGCUGCGGCAACUGCCGUGGCGGCUGCGACACCCACCGUGGUUGCCGCACCGGCAGCGGCACCUCAGACGGCGGUCUCCGUUACACCGGCCGGCACAGUACAAAUCGUCUCUCAGCCGUCGCAGCAAAUUAAGAUGCAGCCCACGGUGGUGCUGUCGACAGCGCUGCCCGCCAGUUCGGCUGCGGCGGCCGCCGGCACCGUGGUGACCACCACCCAGGCAGCACUGGCCCCAAAGCUCAUCCAGAUCCGGCCGCAGCUGACCACCACAGUGCCGCAGCAGAUACUGGGCACACAAGUCAAAGUUCUGCCGGCGAUGAGGCCCCUGGUGCAAGCGGCAGCAGGCACCGUAACACCGGCCACCACAGGCGUACGGUUGCAGGCAGCGACUGUGAGCAUACCGGGGUUGGCCACUGUAGUGGCUAGUCCGGCUUCGGCAGCGGGUGCCGCAGCGGCGACCCCGGUGGUGGGCACGAAGGCGUUGCUGGCACCAGCGGCGACGACACCGGUCAAAGCCGUGGCCCCAGCUGCUGCCGCUGCCGCCACUGCUGCUUCUGUCACUGCUGCUGCUGCUGCUGCAAGCAAGACGGAGACGCCCACGACCCCUGCCGCUGCACCAGCCACUCCGGUCAAGCAGGUGGCAGAGGUCCCCACCACACCGGUCAAGAGCGAAGCACCCGCUGCCUCGCCCAUCUCCUCGCCGCCCAACUCGCCACAGCAGUUUGUGCUCACUCCAGCCAUAACGCAGCAGAUUGUACGGCAAGCCCUGAUGAAUCCCCAGACGUCACCCGAGAUCCAGCAGAAGCUGCUGGCCCUGCAGCGACACCACCAGCAGCUGCAGCGUACACCCACUGCUGUCACGGUGUCGGCGGGAGUGGGCCGCAGCUCUUCCUCGUCAUCAUCGUCGUCUUCUUCGUCCUCCUCCUCUUCCUCGUCUUCGUCCUCGUCGGGUGGUGGCCCCGCGGUCUCACCGCCGGUGUCCAAAACCAAGUCAGCCGAACACAAGGACGAAGGUCAAAGAGCUGCAGUUUGCCAGCAAGUGCUCAAGGGCAUCGUGGACAAGAUCGAGCGCGACGAGAAGACGACUGGCCGGCGGCAGCGGGCCAAGGCGAGCGCCGAGGAGAGGAAGGCGCGGGCGUCGCAGACCAAGCUGCACGAGGUGCUCGUGCGGCAGACGGAGUUCCUGCGGCGGGAGAUCAUGCGCAAGCGGGCACUGAUGGAGAAAGAGCUCCAGAUUCAGAUCCAGACCGAACUUCAAGCCGACCUAAAGCGAAGAGCGGCAGCAGCAGCGGCGGUGGCCGCCCCGACAACGCUGGUCACGCCGCGGAUACCGCCUCAAGAGAAGGUCGCACAGGUGAUGCGCACCCUGGAGAGCAGCAAGCAGCAGGCCGCGGCCGCUGCCGCCGCCGCGGCAGCAGCGGCGUCGCGCAAGCGGGCGCAGUCGCAGACCAGCGACAGCGACGUCUCGCCGCCGGUGGCGGCCAAGCGGCCGAAGAAGCAGGCAAAAGUGCCGACUGCACAGCGGCCACCGCCGGCGCCAUCACACCACCGUGUCGGCAGCGGCAACUCUGCGACGCCUGCCAGCCACGCCAAGCAGCGUGGUAGCGCCGGUGGUGCAGCUGUGGGCCAGCACAAGCUGUACUGCAUCUGCAAGAAACCGUACGACCCUUCAAAGUUCAUGAUUGGGUGCGACCUGUGUUCCAACUGGUUCCACGUCAAGUGCAUAGGCCUGACCGAGGUACAGGCCAAAGCCAUGGACAAGUAUGUCUGCAACGAGUGCCGGAAGGACCACAAGAGUUCAACGCAGGAGCUCUACUGCCUCUGCAGGCAACCCUACGACGAGUCCCAGUUCUACAUCUGCUGCGACCAGUGCCAGGACUGGUUCCACGGCCGGUGCGUCGGGGUGCUCCAGAGCGAGGCGGACUCCAUCGAGGAGUACAUCUGCCCCACGUGCCAGCGCAACAGCAACAUCAACCAGGCCAACCUGAAGCCCCUGCAGCCGAAGGACUUCGACAACCUCCGCAAGCUGCUGAAGAGUCUUCAGACGCACAAGAUGGCCUGGCCUUUCUUAGAACCUGUCGACGCAAAGGAGGCACCAGACUACUACACGAUCAUAAAAGAACCUAUGGACCUACAGACCAUAGAGCGGCGGUUGCAGACUCGCCACUACCAGAAGCUGAGCGAGUUCAUCGGCGACAUGACCAAGAUCUUCGACAACUGCCGCUACUACAACCCGCGAAACUCGCCCUUCUACCAGUGCGCCGAAGUGCUCGAGGCGUUCUUCGUCCACAAAAUCAAGGUGUUCCGCGAAAGCAUCUCGUGGUGACCUGACGGCGGAGGAGCUUGCCGCGGAGUCCCGCCGAAAGAAAGGGAGCGUGCGCGUGGCGCAACAACGCACACCGAACCGCGUACUACAACACAGUCAUGAAACAUGAACUGUCAUUGUGUGCCGACGCUAUUCGUCAGAAACCAAGCGCACCGUCGUCGAGACGCGUGCCGGUGACGUCGCUCCGCGGACAUUCGGAGAGCCAGGACUCCAACUCCACGGUGCUGUGCGCACGCGGAGCCGCUCAUUCACUAUCUGUCGCGUUUCGGACUCCACACCGUCGUGUUGACUGUCUAAUCACAGCAUCCCGGUGCCGCAGCAUCUCGGCGCGAGUUUCGAGUCUUCGCGUGGCCUUUUUUCGGGCGACGGAAAGAGAAAAAAAAUUUUGUACAUAGUGUAGAGGGAGAUGAUGUCUCGUCAUUGCCAUAGCAGCCUCAUCAAUACAGCGCGUGCCACCGACACCAUUUUUUUGUUCGUUUGUUCCUCCUCGUGCCGUACACCUCCGCGUGUAUUUUGUGGAGCCAUGCAUUAAGUGCCGUUUUUUUUUUAAUUGCAGCCGUGUCUUUUCACGCUUACUAUUUCUCAUGCAUUGCGAAUGCAAAAUUGUCUGACAGUGUUUUUCCUUCUUUCUUUUUUAUAGAAUUUUUUCACCCGCACUGUAUCCCUGGCCUGAAGCUAUUUGUGAAACUCAUUUUUAAAAGUGUGAAUAAGGGAAGACAAUUCGUGAAAUUGUGUAUUAAUAUGUACAGGAUUUUUGGGGGGGAUGCAGGGUUGCGUGGUAGUUUUUUUUUCUGUAAAAACGGCGCGGUACGGUGUUUUUCACGCGUUGCCGCUGGCUUCGUUUAUCAACUAAAAACAUGACAUGUUAUGUAGACCUCCUUUUUUUUUGCGUGUGUGUGCGUGCGCGCGAAUGUAUUUAGUUGCGAUUUGACCUAUGCAUUUUCGAGAUGAACAGCCGCAGUUCACUCCGAAGCUUGCGUCGACAGAGACUGGAGAAAGCGCAUGUUAUCCUGGACUCGCUUCGCAGAGCUUUUGUUUUUAAUUCUUUCAAGCAUUGUACAUUGUGGUUACGUAGUAAAUAUUUAUUCCGUUGAAAAGAACAAGUCUGUGUGCAAAAAGCGUUGUGGGCAGUGACGAAAAAAGAACACAAGAAACAAGUCCAAGACGACCUCCACUUUAUUGAGAAAAUGGAAAAAAGGUCGUGGCCCGCGAAAUUGUUAUAAUGGUCAUUGGUGAAAUGGCACAAUCUUCGCAUUGGUUACUUUUGAGCGACACUGUACUAAAAGACGUUCAUCCAGUACAAAAACUGCACAGUAGCUUUUGUUUAGAGCUCAUUGCCUGUCUGCUCGGUGCUCAUUUGCAUUUUUUUUUUGCUACGAUUGCCUGUGCCAUCCAACUAAAUGUAUGAAAUACGUGAAUGAAAAAAAUAACCAACAUCAAAACUUCGUUUCAUUGAUUGCUGUACUGCUUUGAAAAAUAAAGGCAGUCGAACUUCUGUAAAACCUAUUCACAACGCCGGAUUAAAUUUGAAUGCGAAGAAGUAGAAAAACGUUGACAGUUUUCAGGUUUUUCUUUGUUUGCGACAAAUGCUUAACUGCCAACUUCAGCAAUGUCUUGCGUUACGUAGAAAAGCUAAGUUUCUGAUUGCAUUGCAGAUCGGUCUCUGUGCAAAAUUUUAGAAAUACAGGUGGAUGUGUGAAAGACUCAAGAAUAAAAGGUUUUCAUGCUAAAACGCAAAUAGUAGGUCCGCUGUCACUUGCGAUCGUGAAACUAAGUUCGAGAUGCCAAAAACUAGCAUUUGCCCAAGCGUGACAGCGACGCGUCUAAAAUUUGCUUCGAGUUUUCUUCUCACCAGGUGCACCUGUUGUCUUUUAAAGGGCACUAAAGUGAAACAAUGAGUCUGUUUGGAUUGAUCAAUUGUAUUUGUAAACUGUAAUGUUAUUUCACCAUCAUAGGUUUAUUAAUUGAUUAGAAAAUCAAGGUCAAACUUUCAUUUUUAAAUUUCACGCCGAAAUCUCUGCACGUGACGUCAUGGAUUUCAAGCUAUUUUUCAUUAUUUUGGCAGCAUCGGCUCAACAAAAUUUUCUGAAGCUUGGUAUGUUGAGUCUCUGGCCCCCUCAGAGGACAAUCUACUUCAUUUUUACUGAUCAGGAACAACGUAGGCCCUUGUAGAUGUCUUCAAAAUCUAUGAUGACACGCUGAUUCGUGCGGGAACUUCAAGGUGGCAUCGCCACGCGCAUUUUCUUUUUGCACGUUUUCUCGCUUACCAAGCACCUUCUCGCAGCAAGCGUGGUGGUUUUGGUAUUGUGGAAGAUUAAUUUAUGGAUACAAGAAAAAUCUUUUUUCUCUUUAGUGUCCCUUUAAACCAGUCGAUAUUGUAGUUCAGACUGAUUAUUGUAGUUCAUAAAUAUGCACCGACCUUGGAAAGAAGCUACAGUCCAAUUUUCACGUCGUACGCCUGCGUAAUUACACUGUCUCGGUCAAUGUUAUUUCCUGUUCGCGUUUACACCGACGCUGCCGAAGUGCAUAUGCAAGUUUACAGCAAACCAGUGAUCUAACUGAACUUUCCGAAGCUGCAAAUGGAAUAGAUGGAUUUGAGCUUGUCCGCCGAGAAUGGGAUUGAAGGAAAAAAAAAAAAAGGCGGGUAUCCCGAACCCAGAAACGUUUUUUUUUUUUUUUUUUUUUGUUCGCAGUAACGCAAAUUUGCGUUUUCCGGAGCACCCAUGCGCCCUGUACAUAAUCAUUACCAUUGUCCCUCACCAUCUCUGCUUGCCUCUCUCCGCCGACAUUUGCAACCAGCGCGCCGAGCGAAUCGCCGCCGCCAGUUUUUGUUUAUGAACAUGGUUGUCAAAAGCGGUGACAAGACAACUUGCGCUCGUCGCCACUUUUCACACGUCGACGCUGCCUUUUUUGGUUGGGCCGGCCAUCUUUUGACCAUUUCUCCACUCGCAAUGUGGGGUUGUGUGAAGGAGGGGAGUCAUACAUGAUGCGUCACACGUGGAGAGUUGUACUGCAAACGUGCAUGUUGCAAAAAUGGUUAAAAAGAUGACAAAAUGGCGACUGCUACAUUGCAAGAUGUGUAACAUUGUAAAACAUGUUAUUUGUAUGAAAAACGACAAAAAAAAAUAAAUUAUAUCGAGCAA